AAGUGGUUAGUGGAAGCGCUAGUGGACUCAGCUAGCUGGCUAGGGCGUUGCUAGCGGCAGAAAGUGGGAUUUUUGGUACCUUUCCGCAAGUUAUAUUCUUGUACAAAUAACGUCUUACGUUGGAAAAAACGGCGUUUGGCGUUCGCUAAAAGUUGUAAUCGCCUCGGUGUUUUUUUUUGUCGUUGUUUACAGAGGACUGGUGUUACUUUCUGUCCCGUUAGCUGACCACAUAGCUAGCCUGCUCUCAUCCACGGGAAUUCUGCCGAGAAACGACUGAAUUCUGGAAACAUGGAGUCAAGGAACGUUGCGCUGUGCUAACCGACUUCACUGGAUUUUCUUUCCUCAAGGAGACUAUUUGAAGGACAUAACACGGGGACAUAUCGCAAGCCAGUCAACAUUCAUGCCGUGUUGUAUAUAUAUAUAUUUCAGUCGUUGGCCGGCUCAUUGUUGUGAACGGGAGUUUGCUUAGUUUGCACUCGAAACAAGAGCAUACGAAGCAAAGUUUUUUUUUUUUGCUGAAAGAGCUCAUCUGUUUUGUUAGCUGGUAGCUGGCGAGACUCAACAGCCAGCUCGCCGUGAGAAAGGAUUUUCAAAUAAACCGUGUGCUUUUUUUUUUAUAAUCGACCAUCUAACCAAUUUUGGUUUUGAAUCCAACGUCUUACACCGGUAUAACAUUAGCUGCGGUUGUUUUGCUAGUGUGUAACACGGCUCGUUUAAACUCUGUAUUGAGCGAUCCUCAUGGUCACCGGAGAGUCGUCCCCACAGCCACAGACAGGCAUUUCUGGGAGCAGGGAAUACCAAAUGGGACUGGAGGAAUUUCCAGCAUCUUCAAAGAUCAUUUAGGAACCGAGGCCAUUCAGCCGUGCAGGGGUGGUGGCAGACGGACUACAUCGCUGGGCCAAGGUGUCUGUUACAUUGGAAUACAGAUUGUUUACACAUUUCAUAUUGGCGGAAAACUGGGAUGUGAAUGCAAAGGAUUCAAACAAGGAGUUCAUACAUGCAUGACAACUUCCUUGAAGCAUAUUUAUUGUUGUUGCCAAAAUAUUCUUUAUUGCCGGGGUAGAAUAUCAUCUGACUGUACAGCUAAUACGACAGAGGCCCCGAUACAUUUUUAAGGUCUGCACUGUAGAUUCCUUCCUGCCAAUACAUUUGGACAAGGAGUAUUGGUUAGGGGAGAGCGUAUAUUUAGUAUUUCUGUUUCCUCCAGUGUUAUCGACGUAACCUCGCAACAACCCAACAGUGUCCUGCAAUUAAUUUAUUCUCAACACCAUUCUCAAAAUCCUUGCCUACUUCAGACGAAUGCCAGAGAAGGACGCGCCAGGAAAUCGCCUCAUCACACUCUGGAAAAUGUUAAUCGGAUAUAAUUUGCUGCAAAUCUAGAACCGGAAGCCCAAUGAGUGACACACAGUCCAGCUUCACUGACAGGCCUGCAGUAGCACUCUCUGCCUCUUUGCCUCCCAAGUUGUGAUGAAGUUUCUGCAUCGUUUGACUGUCUCACUAUGACUACUGCUGUGUUGUGUAGUUACGCUGUGAUGCUGGUUUCCCAAGAAAGCAAGCAGAACCAGCAGCAUUCUCAGUAAAGACCACCCCCCGGACAAGAAACCCAAAAGUGACAAAACCUCACUUCCCUCCAAUGAGUUUGACCCUACAGGUCUGGUGCAGCGAUGUGUAAUCAUCCAGAAAGAUGAAAAUGGCUUUGGGCUCACUGUCAGUGGUGACAACCCAGUGUUUGUGCAGCUUGUCAAAGAAGAUGGGGCUGCUAUGCGGGCAGGUGUUCAGACAGGAGACAGGAUCAUCAAGGUUAACGGGACCCUUGUUACACAUUCUAAUCACAUUGAGGUGGUGAAGCUCAUCAAAUCGGGGUCCUAUGUGGCCCUCACAGUGUUGGGGCGUCCUCCAGGGCUCGCCCAGAUCCCUUUGUCUGAAGCAGAGUCUGAAAUGUUGGGCGUUAGCAUUUCCUCUCCAAACUCCCCAGCAACAGAACGCCCUUACAGUCCUCAGGACCGCUUCCCCUCCACUCAACCACCAUGGGAUGAGAAUAACAGUAUCUGCAACCAGAAGGUUGACAUCUUGCAAAAGAUGCUCUCAAAAGAGCAGCACGAGCUGCAGGCCAUGAAGGAGGAGUACAGCAGGAACCCCUCCCCCAAACUACUGAAAGACAUCCAGGAAGCUAAGAAACACAUUCCUCAGCUGCAGGGUCAUCUCUUCAGGGCCACUGUGGCAACACAGGAGGCUGUUCCAGGUGGUGAUGCAGAUGAUGGUAGCAUGUUUGAGACAGAGCACACUCCCACCUUUAAGGGAGACAACAGUACAGACCUUUCCUGGAGCAGCACUUCUAUAUCUCGCAGAUUUAGGCCUGGAUCUCCAGAGAUCCUGUGCCCAAGAGAGUCAUCUUACCCCAGCCCAAAGAGCACACCCAGGAACAGUUUAAAUUCCUGCCACUCUCCAGAGGCAGAGGAUGCCACUGACUUGGACUCUCUGUCCCCUACCAGACUCAGCAGUCCGUCUUCCUCCCGCCUUGUCUCGCAAAUCAUUGGAGCUGAGGACGACUAUUUUGAUUCAGACCAGGAGCAGACUAAUGGCCAGUGUAACAGCUUUAACAACAUUGAGCAGCUCAAGUCUCGCCCAGCGCACCUCGCAGCCUUCCUUCACUAUGUCAUUUCUCAGUUUGACCCUGCUCCUGUGCUGUGCUACCUCUAUGCUGACCUCUACAAGCAGACCAACUCCAAAGAGACCAGACGGGUGUUCAUGGACCUCCACACCUUUUUCAUUGAUCGUGGAGCAAAUUUGAAAGUUGCUGUUCCUGAGUCCAUCUCUGCUGAUCUCGACCGGCGGCGGACAGAACUAAUCCCAGAGGAAAUAAACAGACAACUUGUUCAAACACUGCAGGACUCUCUGCUCCCUGACAUCCAGAGGAACCUUGAGGAUUUCAGGCAGAAGCGCAGUAUGGGCCUAACGGUGGCUGAAGUAGAGUUGGCCAGACUGGACCAAGAGAGAGUCAGAGACCGUGUCACUCUGGAGCGAGAGCGCUCAUAUGCUGAAAACAUCGUCACCAAGAUAGAGGAUAUCCUGUUAACUACUCAGACCACAGAGGAAGAGAAAUGCACUACAAUGCAGUAUGUCAUUUAUACAUACAUGAAGCACCUUGGUGUGAGGGUCAAGGAACCUCGCAGUUUGGAGUCCAAACGGGUCAGGAUCAACUUUCUUCCCAAGAUCAAGAAAAGCAGCAAGACAGAAAAGGAAGGAGAAGAGAAGGUGAAGAAACCCAGAUUUCCCAGUAUCCUUGGACCUCAGCGUCGACCCAGCCGCAUUGAAGCAGCGUCAGUGGGUAAAGCCUUGGAUGGUCGCCCCCGGCCUCAGAAACAGUUGUCUCAGCCCACACUGGGGGCAAGUGAGCACAUGGAAGCUGGUCGUCUAAGAGCCAGCCAAUCGAGUGAGGGCUCUGAGCUCAUACACGCCACGUCUGUAAACACCUCAUCCCCAAACAGCGGCACCUAUAGCUCAGACACGAGCCGAGACGCUGAUAUGGGUGGGACUCCGACCUCAGGCCCCUCCAGGCUGAGUGACGGCCUUCAGUCCGACCCUCUGGAUGGGUCGCCGUAUCCUGCUUCGCACUUUGACCUUUACAGCCUGGACCAACUGCAAGAGGAUGACAGAGAAAGCGACAGAACCCACGAGGGAACACCAAAGGCCAUAAGAAGGCUUGAGGGACUGGGUGCUGCUGAUGUCCAGAGUGAGGACGACCAGGGAACAGACUCCGAGCAUGACCCCCCAAACUGGCAGCAACUGGUGGGGCGAGAGGUCCUUGCAGGUCUCAGGUCUCAGGAAAUCAAGAGACAGGAAGUCAUCAAUGAGCUGUUUUACACAGAGCGUGCACACGUGCGGAUGCUGAAAGUUUUGGACCACGUUUUCUACCAGAAGCUCUCCAAAGAGGCCAUCCUGCCUCCUGCUGACAUCAAGAAUAUCUUCACCAACCUGGAGGAGAUUCUACAGCUACAUGUUUCAAUACUGGAGCAAAUGGGAGCCGUUCGGAAGAGAAAUGAGUCUUCAGUAAUUGAUCAGAUAGGAGACGACUUGCUCUCCUGGUUCAGCGGUGGAGAGGAGGAGAAGAUCAAGCAGGCGGUGGGGACAUUCUGCAGUAACCAGCCUUUUGCUCUGGAGAUCAUCAAGACCAAGCAGAAGAAAGACUCGCGGUUUACUGCGUUCAUCCAGGAGGCAGAGAGUAAUAGACUGUGUCGCCGACUGCAGCUUAAGGACAUCAUUCCUGUAGAGAUGCAGCGGUUCACCAAGUACCCCCUGCUACUAGAGAACAUCGCCAAGUACACAGACAAUGCAGUGGAGAAGGACAAAGUGAAGCAGGCAGCAGACUGCUGUAGAAAGAUCCUCAAUCACGUCAACCAGGCUGUGAAGGAAUCUGAGGACAAGCAGAGGUUGGAGGACUAUCAGAGAAGAUUGGACCUCUCCUCCUUAAAGCAGACAGACAACCCCGUGAUUCUGGAGCUAAAGAACUUGGAUCUAACCAAGAAAACGAUGGUGCAUGAGGGGCCGCUAUCAUGGAAAGUGAACAAGGACAAGACUAUUGAGUUGUACACACUCCUCCUGGAGGACAUCCUGGUUCUGCUACAGAAACAAGAUGAGCGUCUGAUCCUGAAGUGUCACAGUAAAAACCUGGCAGGCACCGCAGAUACCAAACAUAUCUUCAGUCCCAUCAUCAAACUCAACACUGUGCUGGUGCGCUCUGUGGCCACAGACAACAAGUCCUUCUUCGUCCUAUCCAUGUCAGACAACGGAGCCCAGAUCUAUGAGCUGAUGGCACCCACAGUGUCAGAUCAGAGAACGUGGCAGCGUCUAAUCACCCAGAGAGCCGAUGCCAUGAAAGUCAAACCUCACAGCGUCAUACCAUUACCUCAGACUGAUGGGGAGAGAGACGGUGUGGAGAUCAUUACGGCAGGUGUUUCCAGGCUGAGUAGAGACUCAGACCGGGCAUCCACCAGCAGCACCCAGUCCACAGAUAAAGAGAGCAGUCCAGCCUCCAGAAGUGUGAUGCAGAGUUCUCUGCCAGGUAAUAAUCCAUUUGAGCGAGUAAAGGCAGAGGAAGAGGAGGAGGAGGAAGGUUUUGUGGACCCAGAGCUUCCUUACCCAGUUGCUGAAGAUGGCAAAGAAGGAGACUCGUUUAACAUGUUCCCCUCCAGAGCAGACGAAGCACUGAAAACAUUGGCAGCAUUAAAGCAGGUGUUGGUGACCCAACUGAUGUCCCAGGAGGCUGCAGAGCAAAACAAACGUUCUACGGGGGCCCGUCUCCUCAGGACCACCUCUCUGCGGACCCCUGUAGACAACCGCGCACGGGUGAUGGUCCACAAUGGCUCAGAGAAGAACAGCUGCCAGACAGAGGACCCGACUCAGGACCUGGGCUCUGGGGACACGGGCUUCUUUGAUUCUCCUGAAGAUUAUGCAGGAUAUUUAGUCCUGGAGGGUUACGGUGGCCCAGGGGAGAGCAGCACAGAUGAUGACAUCUUGGCAUCAACCACAGGGAAGCAGCUGCGCACCUCACAAGGCUGUGCUGCCGACUCUGGCAUCAACUUGAGGUUUUCUUCAACGUCACAGGCUGGCAGCCUCUCGUCUUUUAGCAGACAGGUCUUGUCUCACCUUAGAAACCUUCAGGCCAACCUCAACUAUCUGAAGGAGGUUGAGGCCAAGUACAAUAAUCUAAUACGCCAAAGGCCAGAGAGGUCAGCAGCAGACACGGAUGGAAACCAAGAUAAGAGAUAGUGGAAGUCUGUGCCUCAGCUUUUGGCUCUGGUUCCAAAGAGGAAGUACCGACUUGUAGUCUGUUCCUACUUCUCGUGUCCUGGACUUUCUGGACAUCCUAUAAGCUUGUCCUCUCACUGCUGAGCCCCCUUUUUUCCAUCGCCCACGGUUGCCACAGAGAAUGAGAGACUGAGUGUGAGCAGAAACGUUUGAAGGGAGGAGUCAUCUUUGUGAUGCCACGCCCCCCCCCUCCGUCAGCACAAGGCAAUCAGGGAAGUUGGAUUGCCCCAAAACCUCACCCCUCUAUUAUCAAACACCCAUUUUCCCCGGAAGUCCCUGCAAGAAAGAGAACUUAUACCAAAAUGUACAAAGAUGUGUGUUUAGAAUAUAUAUAUAUAUAUAUGAAACACAAAACAAGAAAAGGAAAAUUUUAAGAUAAUGUAUUAAGAUUUUUUUUAUCCCAAGAUGUAUUUAUUUUCUUUCUUUUCUUCUUUUUUUUUUAAAGUGUUUCCCACAUUGCUUGCAUGCUUUUGGCCAUGGUGUUACCUUUUUGGCUGCUUUUCAUGCUUCACUCAUACAGGGUUAGUGUGAGUGUUGAGUGCACGCUAGCAUACAAGCACGCUAGCCUAGCGUAACCCUGGUGAAAUGGCAGGAAUAUAUUCAGACUGAUAGAGGCCAGAGUUGCACUGGUGAUGGAUAGAUCCCAUUGUGUUAAAAACUCUUGAAUUGUGUUGAAGUCUAGAAUUUCAGAUAAAUUCUAGGUGUGGUGUUAACUAGAAUGAAGAGUCCGAAGGCUCUGAUCUGGUCCUGUUGCAUUUCUGUGCUGCCUCCUUCCUCCUCCUCACUGUGAGGGGUAUUUUGCCUCUCUUCUGCUCCUCUUCUCCUUUGCGUAUGAUUCUCCCCCUUCUUUUCCCUGUGAACACUUAUGGGUGUCAUCCUUCUUCUUUUCCUCCCAGCCCAGUGGCUUUCAUGCUUAUUUAUCCCCUCCCACACUCUAUAUGUCAUGCUUCCUCAUCUGCCUUUGGGUAUCUUGUCCCGUUCCCCCUCUUCUACAAGGAGCGGUCAUGCUCUUUCUGUAUCAGCUCCUGACAGAAAUGCUGCUUCUUUCUGCCACUGUUGGCGCUGCUGAUCUGACUGCCUGAUAUUCUAAUAAUGUCAUGAAGUUCAACAUAUACUGUACAAUGAUCAAGUUGGAAGGUUAUGCAUAACUUUAAUAAAUAAAUGGUGCCAUGACACAUUCAAAAAGGAAAAC